AGCACAGUAAGGAUGGUCCUAAAAGUAAAGGUUACUCAGGUAAAAGUAACUAGUUACCACACAGCUGAUCUCAUCAUAUUUCAUUUAAACCGGAAACAUUUCCGGAGCUUCAGUUUUCCAUCAUCACUUCCAUCAACAAUGAGUCAUUUUCAAUCCCUCAGUGAUGCGCAGCAACCAGCAGCAUCAUCACUGAUGUCAUCAGAAGGAGCAGCGCGGCGGUUCGGUCGUUUCAUGGCGGUCAGCUGGCGGCCGCUGAGCGGAGCGCGGCUCCUUUGUCCGGCCGUCGCUCGGCAGCUGGCGGCCGGAGAUGGAGACUGAGAUAGAGGCUCAGCGGAGAGAAGCGCUCGGGUUUCUGCUGCUUUUAUUAUUCAUGGGAGGAUCGAGAGGAUCUGACGAGCUUUUCCCCAGCGUUUCCAACGGCCCGUAUAUCAUGAGCACCACAGCCAAUGGCAACGACAGCAAGAAGUUCAAAGGUGACAUAAGAGGCCCCAGCCUGCCGUCGCGGGUCAUCCACAUCCGCAAGCUUCCCAGCGACAUCACAGAGGCCGAGGUCAUCAGCCUGGGCCUGCCGUUCGGCGACGUCACCAACCUGCUGAUGCUGAAAGCCAAGAACCAGGCCUUCUUGGAGAUGAACUCGGAAGAAGCGGCUCAGAACAUGGUGGGUUAUUACUCCACUAUGAUGCCCGUCAUCCGACACCAACCCGUCUACCUGCAGUUCUCCAACCACAAGGAGUUAAAAACGGACAACUCCCCCAACCAGGAGAGGGCCCAGGCCGCUCUGAGGGCCCUCAGCUCCUCCCAUGUGGACACGCUGAUGACGGCUCCCAGCACGGUGCUGCGGGUGGUGGUGGAGAACCUGCUCUACCCGGUCACCUUGGACGCCCUCUGCCAGAUCUUCUCAAAGUUCGGCACCGUGCUGCGGAUCAUCAUCUUCACCAAGAACAACCAGUUCCAGGCGCUGCUGCAGUUUUCAGACGGCUCAUCUGCCCAGGCAGCCAAACUGACUCUGGAUGGACAGAACAUCUACAACGGCUGCUGCACCCUGAGGAUCAGCUUCUCCAAACUCACCAGCCUCAACGUCAAAUACAACAACGAGAAGAGCCGGGACUUCACCCGGCCGGACCUGCCGUCCGGAGACAGCCAGCCCGGCCUGGAGCACCCGGCCAUGGCCGCCGCCUUCGCUCCAGGAAUCAUCUCCGCGGCGCCGUACGCCGGAGCGACGCACGGCUUUCCACCGGCGUUCGCGAUCCAGCCAGCAGUGUCCGCCGCCUACCCGGGCCUGACGAUGCCGGCUCUCCCCGGAGCGCUGGCCUCCCUGGCCCUCCCCGCCACCGCCAGGCUGGGCUUCCACUCCAUCCCCGCCGGACACUCGGUCCUGCUGGUCAGCAACCUGAACCCUGAGGUGUUUAUGGAGACGUGAUGAGAGUGAAGAUCCUGUUCAACAAGAAGGAAAACGCUCUGGUCCAGAUGUGUGACAGUACUCAGGCUCAGCUAGGUAACCGU